CCCAUCAGUUGGUAACUCAUUGGUAAUUCUGCAAUGAACUGCUGUACCUCAAAGCCUGUCUCUUGAAUGUGCCCUACCUGUGUUGCCUAAACCAAAGUAAUUAGGAAACAAAGUUUUGGAUUCUUAAAUUGUUACAAUAAAAUGUAAUUCCCAUAUGCAAGAAUGUGAACAUCCUAAUCCCCUUGAUCAAUGGGUUUGAUUACAAAAGGGUUGUUGGUUUCAAAGUCUGGUGAUUAGAUGAAGUGGAUAUGAAGAUGCUCAGAUAUGCUUCUUUCACAGGCUGUGUACAAUUCAAGAUCUGAAAAAAUGGCAAUGGCAGCAACUGAUCCGCAGCAGAACAUUGUCUCAAGGGUUGUCAACCUUCCCUUGGUGAGCUCCACCUAUGAUAUGGUGUCCACAGCUUAUGUCACCACAAAGGAUAACCAUCCUUAUCUGAAGUCGGUGUGUGAGAUAGCAGAGAAAGGAGUGAAGACAAUUACUUCAGUAGCCAUGACAAGUGCUAUGCCUAUCAUCCAGAAACUGGAGCCACAAAUUGUAGUUGCCAACAACUAUGCAUGUAUCGGUCUAGACAAAAUUGAAGAGAGACUGCCUAUACUGAAUCAACCCACUGACAAGGUUGUUGCCAAUGCCAAGGAUGUAGUUGUUGGAGCCAGAGAAGCUGUAACAACCACUGUGACUGGUGCCAAGGAAACUGUUGCUCACACAAUCACUGGAGUUGUGGGCAAGACUAAAGAAGCAAUGCAAGACAGUGUGGAAAUGACCAAGUCUGUUGUCAAUGGCAGCAUUAACACUGUCCUGGGAAGUCGUGUGGUGCAGAUGGUGAGCAGUGGAGUGGACAGUGCUCUCACUAAAUCGGAGACCCUUGUAGACCAGUAUCUCCCACUUACAGAAGCAGAACUAGAGAAAGAAGCUGCAAAAGUUGAAGGUUUUGAAGUUGGAGUUCAAAAGCCAAGCUACUACAUUAGACUAGGAUCCCUGUCUUCAAAGGUCCGCACACGUGCCUACCAACAAGCCUUAAACAAAGUGAGGGAUGCUAAACAGAAAAGCCAGGAAACAAUCUCUCAGCUCCACCACACUGUCAGUCUGAUCGAGUAUGCCAGAAAGAACAUGAAUAGUGCCAAUCAGAAACUUCUUGAUGCUCAGGAAAAGCUUUAUCAGUCCUGGGUAGAAUGGAAGAAAAAUACAGGCCAAAAUGAUGGUGAUGAACCGCAUAGCGCUGAGCACAUCGAGUCAAGAACUCUAGCUAUUGCACAGAGCCUCACCCAGCAGCUUCAGACCACCUGCCUCACGCUAGUCUCAAGCCUACAGGGGCUGCCACAGAAUGUGCAGGAUCAGGUUUACAGUGUUGGGUCAGUGGCAGGUGAUGUCUACCAGAGCUUUCGGUCAGCAUCCUCCUUCCAAGAAUUAUCAGAUGGCUUUCUUACCUCUAGCAAAGGACAGCUGAAGAAAAUGAAGGAGUCUCUGGAUGAUGUGAUGGAUUAUCUUGUUAACAACACGCCGCUCAACUGGCUGGUAGGUCCCUUUUACCCACAGCUGCCUGGCAUUCAGCAUGCUGAGAACAAAGGUGAAGGGGAGAAAAAUUCCAGCCAGAAAGACAAACAGCCUGAACACACUGCUGAAUAAACUGCCUAGCAUGCAGGUACUCUGCUGACUGACCAAACAAGUGGCCUUAGCAAGUGUAGCUGUCAAAAGCCUCUGAGAAAAAUUUGUAAACGUAUGAGUGGGGGAAUGAUACAUGGCCUGUACUGUCCUGUAGUUAAACCACUCUAAAAACUCAAAACUCUCUCAAAUGCUUAAUUAUUGGCAGCUUACAGUUGACAAGAUGCCUUGUUUGUCCGUUAAGAAACCUCACCAUGCUUAUUAACAGUAUUAAUAGUCUAAGUGAAACCUACCAUAGCUAAAAGCAUUUGAUUUGUUGCUUAAUCUGAAUGAUAUAAAAGCCUUACAUACUAUGAAAUGUGUUUCAAAAGCCCUGCAGUCUAGCUAGGUACGCUUAAAUUCCAUGUUUGCUGCAGAUCAUGCAUUUGAUUGUUGUUAAUCUGUCUCAAAAUCUACGGCUACACAAUUAUAAAAGUUCUGUAAGUGCAGCAUUUCAAAGCUGAAAGUGGGGUUUCUGAAUGAGUCAGCUGGAGUUACUUAAAUGCUGUGACAGUGCUAACAUUAACUAUAUAAACUUAACUAUUCUGUAACACAGUAACCUGAACUAUUGUGAACUAUAGCCUGACCACAGAAUCAUAGAGUAUCGCAAGCUGGAAGGGACCCAUAAGGAUCAUCGAGUCCAACUCCCUGCUGCUCACAGGACUACCUGAAACUUAACCAUAUGACUAAGAGUGUCAUCCAGGCACUCCUUGAACUCUGACAGGCUUGGUGCUGUGACCACUUCCCUGGGGAGCCUGUUCCAGGGACCGACCAAAUAAUUAUCCAUACAUUUUUUUUAAUAUGCAGUAUAAAGACAAGAUUCAUGCUGUUUGUACCCAGGUGCCUGCUGUUUUGUGGGUGAUUGGUUUUUUUGUAGUAGUCUUUUUGUAAUUCAUUUUGUAUGUUAGUAAUAAAUGCUUCAGUAGCAAAA